CAGAGAGAAAGGUACAACAUGCAAUAUGAUACUCUGUCACUGUCCUCACUUAGAUCCCGAUACCUGGGAAGGGCUUCGCCCGGCUUCGCUAACCUCUCUGCCUCAAACUUUGCUCCCUACCUGCGGACAGAAACAGGACCAAAGAAUUGAAGACAUGGAUUCACAGAACUAAGAAAUCCACUCACCCUCACUCCUGUCUCCAGACCAAGCCAUCUGCAAACCAGGACAGGACCCAGCUACGGGGCUGUGACUGGUGUCAACUCGGAUUGGUCUGUGUUACUCUAUAACCAUCCUUAAAUGUUCUGAAUGGCACAGCAAUCCGAGAGCAAUGUGGAAUCCCAGGCAGACUUUUUCCUCUCAACUGGAACCUUGUUGGACCUGCUGCUGAACUGACAGCUCUCCGAACAGCAUUCCUGGGGACGGGAGGCCCUAAAGUCUGAGCCAGGGCGAUGGAGGGCUCUGUGCUGAGCACCACAUCCUGGGAGAAACGGCGGGCCUGGCUCCAGCAGAGCCGCCACUGGCAGACCCAGGUCCUGGAGGAAGAGGCUGCAGCUGCCCUGCAAGAUGUCUCAGAUCCAGAACCUUCCAGCCUGGACGAAGUUUUCCAGGAAGGAAAUCCAAUCAACAAGAUUGAAGACUGGUUGCAGGAUUGCGGAUACUCUGAAGAAGGGUUUUUUGAGGAAACAGGACAGUCAAGCUACAAUGGGUGCCUCAGCCACGGAACCAGCUUUGAAGAUGACUUGACCCUAGGAGCAGAAGCCACACUAUUGGCCACCGAAGGCAGGGUCUUCUCCAGGAGUUUCCUGGACCCAGUCCGGCCCUGCCAACUCCUUGAUCUUGGCUGCAGCUUGGCCUCCAGCAGCAUGACGGGUGGCACCAACAAGACUAGUUCAAGCGUCUCUGAGAUUCUGGACAAGGUGCAAGAAGAUGCAGAGGAUGUCCUCUUCAGUCUGGGCUUUGCCCAAGAGGACCACAAGGACACUUCGCGGAUUCCUGCCCGAUUUUUCACCACCCCCUCUCAGGCCAGAGGCAUUGAUUUCCAGCUUUUCCUGAAGGCCCAGGUGCAGAGGAUAGAGAUGGAGGACCCUUGCCUCAUGCUGGCCAGCAGGUUUAAGCAGGUGCAAACACUGGCUGUCACUGCUGAUGCCUUCUUCUGUCUCUACUCCUAUGUGUCUAAGACACCUGUCCAAAAGUUCACACCAUCCCACAUGUUCUGGAAUUACAAUCCAACUGAUGUGCCAUCCAUCAGGAUUCUGGCUCCAGAACCUGAACCUCAGUCACCCAGAGACCGCCUCCGGAAAGCCAUCUCCAAGAUGUGCCUGUAUACAAGCCCCCGAGAUCGGCUGUCACCACCCCAUAAUAUCCCCAAAAGGAACAGUCUGGACCAAGUGGUGUGGGAAGUAAUGGACAGAGUGAGAGGAGAGAAAAUGGUCUUCCAGCAAGACCCUGGAUUUGAGCCAGGCUCAGAGGAAGAUCCGGUGCCACUCAUCAGGGAUACAAAGCUACCCACUUUUUCCGGACCAUGUGCUCUUUGCCCCAGAGAGGAAACACAGCAGGGAAUGUCCACAAUGCAAGCACCAUCACAAAUUCUGGAUCCUAAACCAGAGGCAACCCCUUGCAUGCAUUCUCUGCCCUUACAGCCGAGCACAGACCCUGCACAGGUAAAAAGAGAGCCAUGGGGUCUACAGGCCACCAAUAAGGAAGUCCAUUUGGCCAAGGAUGAGACUUUAUGGAGAAGAAAGAGCAGAGCAAAAAAGAGCUUGUUUCAGAAGAAUCCCAUGAGCAGGAGAGUUAAGUCAUUGGACCUGUCCAUCAUGCAGCAGAGCCAAGAGCAACCAGCAUGGUACCAGUCUCUAACCCAGCAGCUACAGGACACUUGUGACUUGGAUGAGGCAAGUGAGUUGGGGGCAAGAGAGAGGCUGGCAGAGAAAGGUUCUGGAUUCUUGCCUUUCAGUAAAGGGAAUCCAGGCUCCCUGUCCUCACCAGAUAUACCAACUCUUGAAUUACAUUCCAAAAACUUUGGGAACCAGUUAAUAGAGAAGAAGAAAGAUAAAUGGGCUUGAUUUCUUAAGAUCAUCCAGGUUUUCAGAGCUUUUCUAAUUCCUCAUCUGAUCUGAUCUUCACUGAAGUUCCUCAUCAAGCACACCUGGCUCUAUCAUUUGUGGGAUCUGCACCAGAAUACACAUAGAGGCUAGUUAUACACUAAGCUAAACACUAGUAAAUAAAAUAUGCUCUCUUCUACCUUAAUAAAUUUGUAACCAUAAAGACCUGGAGGUCCAGGUUCAAAGUUAAUAUUCUCAGAUUCUUAGGACUUCUGUGCUAGAACAUGGCAGUGUGGGCAGAGCCACUCCCCAGCUCUGGCCUAUCCCCUUCUCUUCCCAGGCCCAGAUCUAUCCUAGACCUUAAGGGAUUUCACACAUAGAUGUAUGAGCACCUGGCCUACAGAUCCAAAAACCACAUAACCUCUACCCACACAAAUAGCCAUCUGUUGGUCAUCACUUGUUCCUGGGGAUGCAUACACUAGGAGAGAGGGUGACCUUUAAGACAACAGACACCAGGCAAAACCAGUGCAAUUCCCUGGAGCAGACUUGGGGGCAUCUGAACAGUAUAUCCAGGUAUCCUAUGGAACCAGAGCAUGUUCUAGAAGAGGCAGUGCAGGAUGAGAUGGGUACAUCCUUUUGGUCCACCAACUCUUCAUCCUGUGGACUCUCAAAAACUCAAGACUCCUCUUGUCUGGGACUCUAGACAGUACCGCUAUCAAGAGCUGACCUCUCUUGAGAAAGCUCUCAGAUCCUUGCCACAAGAGAAGCUGUGAUGAUUUGCAAUAUUGUUUGUAUAUGUGUCACCUGUCAUUGGACACAGAGCUGCAUCUCAACUCCUGCCUUCCUCACUACUGCGUUCCUGCAACAAGAGAAGAAGCCGAGUCUCUCAAGUAUACUCAGCCUCUUUCCCCUAUGGCCACCUGCCAUCUGACACCUCUCCCCACUGGCUCUUAGUUCUGCUGGGAUCUUGAAUGUUUUGGCAAAAAAAAAAAAAAUCUGUUAUUUAAACCAAGGAUAAAUGAGGCACCUACUCCCUAGUACCAGAGAGAAGAUGGCAUCAGGAAUUAAUUAAUUAAUUAAAUGAUUUUUCUAAGGUAGUAGAAAUUGAUAUCCUUCUUGAAUCAAAUCAAUGAGUCUUGCUUAGAGUUCUCUCCAUUUCAAAUCCCUUAAUUUACUGCACAUCUUGGCCCAAUAGUUAUUUUUGGUCAAUACCCUAAAUUUGUAGUGUUACUUUGUCCAGAAUCACAAAGACCUUUAUACUUCUAACUCUUUUAAUUUUCAUUCUCUGUGACUUUAGGGCCACAGUCACUCUUCUUUCUCUCUUACUCAUUACUUUCUUCCCCAGGUAUGUAAAUUAUAUGUAUACAGUAAUUACUCACAAAAGAAGUAAAUAUCAGAAGGCAGCAAUACAUCAUAUACAGCUGGGAAAGUUUAGGAUAUGGAGUCAAAUGACCGACCCUAUAUAAUUCUCCAUGAUCUUGCAAAAAUCACUUGACUUUAAUUUUAUCUAAUGUAAUAGGAGAAUAAUUAUAUACAUAUAUAUGUAUAUAAUUAUAUAUAUGUGUGUGU